AUGGCGGAAAAACUGCGUGCGGCACAUUUGCUCAUCAAGUUCAGUGGCAGCCGGAACCCGGUCUCACGCAGAACCGGCCAGAGCACCGCUGGCGUCACGUAUGAGGCUGCCCUCGCCGAGCUGCAAGAAUGGGCAAAGAAGAUAUCUGACGGCCAAAUCACCUUUGAGGAGGCCGCAAGCCAGCGCAGCGACUGCGGCAGCUGCAGGAGCGGUGGCGACCUCGGUCCCUUCGGUCCUGGAGAAAUGAUGAAGCCAUUCGAGGACGCCGUGCGGGCACUGCAGGUGGGCCAAAUAAGCGGCGUUGUGCAGACGGACAGCGGUCUGCACAUCAUCAAGAGGCUGGCAUAA